AUGGACUUGUGGAACUUAUACAUAGUUUUAGCUAAUGGGGUUUCAGUUGACAACGAUAAGAUUGCUUGUAUUGUUAAUUGGCCUAUUCCAUCUUCUAUCAAAGCUCUUCAUGUAUUUUUGGGAUUAACGGGUUAUUGCCGUAAGUUUGUGAAGGAUUAUGGAAAGAUGAGGGCUCCGCUAACUAAGCUAUUGAAGCAAAAUUCUUUUACUUGGUCGGAUGAGGAGGCCGUUGGUUUUAAACAACUUCAAACAGCUUUAACAACUAUUCAUGUAUUGGCGCUUCCAGAUUUUUCAAAAGACUUUGUUUUAGAAUGUGAUGCUUCUAGUAACGGGUUGUGA